AUGGUUUCCACCAAGCUGUUCCUGACCAUAACCGCCCUGGCUCUUCAUGCCACAGCCCAUCCCUCGCUGCUCGCUCCCAACACGGCCCUCGGCUGUGUUGCGCCCAGCAACUGUUCGCCCAUCGGCGGCUGCCAGUUUUGCUGCUCCAAAGGAAUCAAGCCCAAUAGCUUCAAGUGCCACUCCCACGGUGAUAAGAACUGUGGUAGCCUCAACCACCGUUCAAAGUUCGCCUACACUGCACACUCUCUACGAUCACUCAGGGCUUUCAUGACACCACGAUGA